CGCCGAUUCCAGCCCACAGUAGGUGGCGCCUUCGAAUUUUGGCGAAGACGUGUCGGAUUUUCAUUCAAAGAAGUUGGAUUGGGGAGAUUUGUUUCGGCCCCCACUGUCUUGACCAUCGCGUGUGAGACACGUCGCUUAUAGUUGGCUUGGUUAAUACUCGCGCGUGGGCUAUUCGUCGAGUCGUAUCCGUUGUACAAGUGCCGUCGUCGUCGUCGUCACUCCGCCGGCGUCAAGAGGGUCGUGUCGGCGUGGUCGCAGGAGACAGCCAACAAGAUGCGAUCCAGCGCUGAAGUGCCAGCGCUCUUGCUGUUCCUCGUGGUGUGUCUGCAAGCCUCGUUACUUCUCGUCUCGGGGAAAUCGCUGAAAGAAGGCGAAUGCGAGGUGUGUGUGGGUGUUCUCAAGAAGCUGCACGGGAGGCUGGAAGUCGAGGAGAGGACCAAUGAGGACUCCAUCACAGCGGGCUUUAUGGAGCUCUGCAAAGACGUCAAGGGACCAGAGCAGCGCUUUUGUUACUAUGUUGGUGGCCUGGAGGAGUCGGCUACACGGAUCGUGGGUGAGAUGUCUAAGCCGUUCAGCUGGGGCAUGCCCCUUCUGAAGGUGUGCGAGAAGCUGCUGGCCAAGGAUGCCCAGAUCUGCGACCUCAAGUAUCCAAAGGUUAUCGAUUUGAAGACAGUGGACCUAAAGAAGCUCAAGGUCAAGGACCUCAAGAAGAUCCUCAACGACUGGGACGAGCGGUGCGAAGGUUGUGUCGAGAAGACGGACUUUGUCAGGAGGAUAGAGGAGCUCAAGAAGGUGCACAUGCGCGAAGAACUCUGACCUCUCUGUGGUGCUUACACUGCUGUACAGAUAGACCACCACCACCACAAUGGCCACCACUGCAAGACGUGUCCUCUUCACUCCCGCUGGUCACCGACCCCUUUGUCCUCCUCCAUAACUCCUCCCCUUUUUUUGUUGUUGGCAGGGCAGUGGAGUCCUUGGUUACAUUUUUGGGGAAAGGGUGGGUAGCAUUCUAAUUUAUCAACUUUUUACACUGCUUAUAUGUACAGGGCAUUGAGUAAAGGACUGUCACUUUUUUGUUUUCUUCUCGUGCGUGUAUGCGCAAGAAAUGAAGUCAUCUUUCUUUUUUUUUCACAAGCACUGUGAGCCCAUUUUACUGCCUGAAACAACCUGGAACGUCACUCUCACAGAGUGAAGACAAUGUUCUGGGCAAGCAGCAUUUGAACUAAAACUGCAUACUCUGACUCAUAGGCAAAGAAAAUUAAAGUGUUUUGUGAAUUCUC